AUGGCAUCCGGAAGUUGGAACAACUUCCACGUCGGACGAGACUGCGGCCAUGUGAAAUGGUCUCGAAAGAUUGCACCCAAAUUGACCGUCUCCUCCGGUCAGACGGUCUCUUUUGAUGCCAUCGACAGCAGCAACGGCCAGCUCAACACCGCAUCGGACGCAUCGGCUAUCACGACGCUGGAUCUCGGCAUCGCCAAUCCUGUUUUCGGUCCGAUCUAUGUGCAAGAUGCACAGCCUGGCGACGUUCUCAAGGUCGAGGUUCUAGCCCUCGAAGUCGCAGACUGGGGAUGGUCCGCCAUCAUCCCCGGCUUCGGUCUGCUGGCAGAGGAUUUCACUGAGCCCGAGAUCAAGAUCUGGUCUCUCGACCGUGAGAAGGGUUACGCUCAGUUCAAGGAUAUGCGUAUUCCGCUCCGACCAUUCCUAGGCUGCAUGGGCCUCGCGCCGGCCACCGACGAAGAACUUUCUACCGUACCACCAACCCACGCCGGUGGUAACAUGGACUGCCGCGAGCUCAGCGUUGGCUCAACCGUCUACCUUCCCGUCCAGACUGUCGGUGCCCUCUUCAGCUGUGGUGACGGUCACGCCGCCCAGGGCCAGGGCGAAGUCUGCGGCACCGCCAUCGAAACCCCCAUCAAAGCAACCCUCCGCUUCGAGCUCAUCAAGAACCAGCCCUGGGUCACCGCUCCCCAGUAUCAGACCCCGCCGCGCGCUCAAAUACCCAACCCCCUCCCGGACCUUGGAACCUAUGGUGCUCUCGGCGUCGGUCCAGACCUCUUCGAGGCCGCGAAGAGUGCUACCCGCAGCCUCAUCCAAUGGCUCGUUCACACAAAGGGCCUUUCCAAGAGCGAGGCGUAUAUCUUGGCUAGCGUUGCCGGAGACUUGCACAUUACUGAGAUUGUUAAUGUGCCUAACUACGAGGUGUCCAUGAAUAUUCCCUUGGGCAUCUUCACUUCCGAUUGA